AUGGCAGCUUCCUCGGUGGCAGAGCUUCAACAGAAGCUUUUCAAAAGGAUUGGCAUCGACACACCAGCACCUGCCAAGUCGCAACAGGGACCAGCGUGGGGCAAUAAAAGGCCACUCCUGAGAAAAGAUCAAAGAAGGGCACAUAGAGUCGAGAAGAAGUCGAAUCGAUAUGGCGGACGAUCUGCAACAGAAGGCCGAAAUCAAGGCGACAGAAACCCACAGCCUCAUUUUCCUAGUGAACCAAAGACUGUCCAACGUCCUUUUCAUUCGAAAUUCGAAGAGAAGAAGUCAAACGGAGCACCAGACGAUGAUGAUGUUUUCAAGAGCGCGAGUGAAGGUCUGGACUAUUUCGUUAACCUGGACGGGAGCCAGGACAGUGGCGACGACUUCGACGAAUCAAUAGGCGUCGACACCACGCCAAAAUUCGACACGAGAAUAUCAAAGUCUAUGCAAGAUAAGCUUGAUCGAGAUGAUGCCGAAAUUGAAGCAUUUGAGCGAAAAUUAGGCAUCAAGAAGGGGCGCAAGUCUUUGCCACACUCUUUCAGCGAGGAUGGACUGGGAAGUUUGCUAGGCGAUGUCGACGCAGUUGGGUUGCAGAAAGACGAAGUCACCCAUGAACAGAAGCGCAAGCGUGAUUAUGAUGACUGGCUCUCCUCUAAGAGAAGGAAGACUGCGACGGGCACAUCCACAAAACUGAAGUCUGUGACGCAACGGAAUGAAGCUGGAUAUGUUAAUGUCGACGAUACGGAAGAUGUCAUAGAUUCCGAUGCAAACUUGCUCAUGUCAAAUCGCGUCGGUAUUCAGGAAGACGAAGAGAAGCUUUUCGAUGACGACCUUUCUGCAGAGUCCAGGUUCGAUAGCUUCGAGGGAGAAGCGGAUGCUCCUGUCGCGUCCAAUAAAGAAAACCCAUAUAUUGCACCAACUACGGGAAACGUUGUCGCGAGAUAUGUGCCCCCAACUCUCCGGAAGGCAACCAACACAGAUUCCGAGUCAAAGAUCAGGUUACAGAAGAAUAUACAAGGUUUAGUCAACCGACUGACUGAUGCCAAUCUUCUCUCCAUCGUUCAAUCGAUCGAGGAACUCUAUCAAGGAAACGCGCGAGGAGAAGUAACUGAAAUUAUUACCGACAUUAUCCUGGCGCAGAUCUACAAGCCCGAGCUUCUUCCAGACCAGUUCUUCGUGCUGACCGGUGGAUUUACUGCUUCGAUCUAUAGACUCAUUGGCUCCAGCUUUGGUUCCCAUGUGGUCCGUCGUAUUGUCCAGGACCUUGCGCGAGACUACAACCAAGCUGGUGGCGGUGAUGCUAGUAUUAGGCGAGAAGCCUCCAAUUUGGUCAAUUUUUUGACCCAGCUCUAUGUUUUUGAGGUUGUGAGCAGCAGGAUCGUUUUUGACUAUAUGGAGAAAUUCCUGGGCGAGCUAUCCGAACUGAAUGUUGAGCUCCUUCUGCGUAUUUGCCGCAUGGCAGGUCGCAUGCUGCGAAGGGAUGACGCGCAAUCUCUGAAGCAUAUUGCCAGUGUGCUCAACACCAAUAUUUCGAAGGUUGGAUAUGAGGAUGUGUCUGUGAGAACCAAAUUCAUGGUUGAAACAAUCAACGACCUAAAGAACAGCAAGGCCAAGGCCAAGGGGCUGGACUCGGCUGUUGUCUCGGAACAUGUUGUGCGCAUGAAGAAGCGCAUCGGUGAACUCAAAUCACAGUCUCGUAGACUUGAUGGAUUAGCCCCUAUGGGCAUGAGCUUGCGUGAUAUCGAAGGCGCCGACACAUAUGGUAAAUGGUGGCUUGUUGGAGCCAGUGUUCCCGUCAAAACAAAGAGCUCGACAGUCAAGGAGGCUGUGCAAGGGUCAGAUGACUCCAUGACUGAUGAUGAAGAUAUGGAUUUUGUACUCCCAGACUAUCCACAAAAGGCUCGCUCACAGGGAUUCAGCACCAUGGCUCAGGUAGCCAUUUUCACGGCACUCAUGUCCGCCAACGAUUACGAGCACGCCUACAGGCAAUUCGUGAACCUCAAGCUAAAGAAAGACGACCAGCUCGAGAUCGCUCGUGUCCUUGUCCAAUGCGUGGGCAGCGAAACUGAAUACAACGAAUUCUACGCAUUGGUAGCUAACCAAGCUUGUUCGAACAAGAAGCUUCGGUUUGCCUUCCAAGAUAGGCUUUGGAAAUUAUUCCGCGGCCUGGGUGAAUCUAUGUUUGGGGAUGACGCCGACGACGAGGAGACGGCAGACAGCGAACGAAUGAGAGAUCCACGACGCCUAGCAAAUGUGGCCCAGUUUUACGCAGCACUGGUAGCCGAUGAUUCUCUGGGUAUUGCAAUCCUGAAGCCUCUAGACCUACCUGAGGUCAAUAGCUGGACGGCCGACUUUGUCGAACAUUUCCUGGUCCAGCUGCUUAUCUACUGUAGUAAAAGCGCCAGCGAGGACAUCAAUGUCGAAAAGAUUUUUGGAGCUGCGAGGCAGUUACCAGCCGUUGCUGUCGGACUACAUUGGUUUUUGAGAAAAAAGGUGCGCAAAUCAAAGCUGAAGGGGGCCAAGAAACUGGCGCGAGUGCGGCAAAAGGCGCAGGCAGCCAUGCAGGCGGUCGAGGUGGCGUAG